AUGUCUCCGGCUGUAUCUUCUACAGGGAGCCCUCCACCACCCAAACGCCGCAGAAGACGACCCGCUCGGUCCUGCGAGCAAUGUCGCCGCCGCAAGAUCAAAUGCAACCUGGCUCAACCAUGCAACGGCUGUGUUCGGGCCCGGGCACCAAUGCAGUGCUCCUAUCGCGAUGGAAGCCCAGUUGAAGCAGCCCCGGAGGCUUCUGAAGACCGCAGCUUAAUGCCGUCCGAGACAAGGACCGAGAGAGACGAGGUUGUUCCAGCACCGCAAAGAAAUACCGAAGUGCAGAGUAACACCGUGCGCUAUCACCGAGAUCAAGUAUCUCGACCCCCGAGACCCCAAGUCAUUGAUACUCCGGUGCCAAACAGGGCGAAUCGUCUUGCUGAACCUGUUGCAUCGGUCCAGCCCUCGGUGUCAACCCCAUCAUCAACUUCAAUACCCCCUUUCACACCCAGACUUCGUCACGUACCGGAAAAGACCAAACUAUUUGGUCAGACACACUGGCUUCACACUGCAGAAAAAUUCCCUGUCUCUGGAAACUUUCACCCUGUCGAGAUCGAGCCGUCAUGGGAGGACGCCAAGUCUGACUUCUAUGAUGUUUUGAAAGAGGCUCGAAGUUUACGAUUCGGCCUCAAAAAGCAACUUUCAUCUACACUCGACCAGCCUAUCCAAAACUUGCGAGACACCCUCCCAACCAAAGCAGUUUGUGACGAACUCGUCGCUUGCUACCUCCGUACACUCGAGCCUUUGUAUCGCAUCAUUCAUGUCCCUUCUUUCCGGAGAGAAUAUGAUCGAAUCUGGGAAGGUGAACAGACAGCGACUGUGCCGACUGUUUUUCUUGUAAAGCUGACUUUGAUUCUGGCUAUUGGGACCACGUUUGCGAACUUUGAUAGUGAAGCUGAAAUACACCACUUAUGGCGACUCGCGCAGAUGUGGAUACAGAACGCACAAUGGUGGCUCACGGGGCCAAGUGAAAAGACGACAUACAAUCUUGACGGUCUGCAGGUGUUUUGCUUGCUGAUAAUUGCUCGCCAAGCGACCUUCAACUGCCGUGGAGCAACAUCAUGGCUCUCCUCAGGCUCACUCUUGCGAGCUGCCAUUACCAUGGGCCUUCACCGCGACCCCAAGUUGUUCCCGGGUUUAUCACUCUUCCAAAAAGAGUUUCGUCUUCGACUUUGGGCUACUGUAUUAGAGUUGGCUGUGCAGUCAUGUCUGGAUCUUGGCCUACCGCUUCACCUUUCUGAGGGAGACUACGAUGCUUCUACUCCGUCUAACUUUGAUGACUCUGGUCUUGAGUCUGCAUCCCCACAGACACCAAAGCCCAUGGACACGUUUACAGAUUCAUACCUGCAGAUAAUGCUGGCGAGAUCUCUCCCCUUGAGGGUUGAAGCGAUAAGGCUGCUAAAUGACUUUCGACACGAGAAAACAUAUGAAAAAGCCUUGUCUAUAGGAUCACAAUUGCGCACGGCGUGCCGAGAUGUAGCUGCUUUUUUCCACGCAGUUAAGGGGAACGAAAAUACCCCCAGGCAGGGCUCGAGUCUUGAGGCGAAUGAAUUUCAUCGCAAGAUGAUUGAUAUACACCUGCGCCGCUUUAUCAUGUUCCUCCACCGCGACUUCAUGCUCCAGGCUAGAACUGAUCCCAGAUUCUACCUCUCUCGAAAGCUGUGCGUAGAGGCUUCUUUGGUAAUCGCAUCUGGCUGCAAAGGCACUGACCUGAACAUACCUCUCCAGCUGUGGGAUGACAUUUCCCGUCUAUCCUUCGUAGGACGAGGUAUCUUCAAGUGCGCAUUGAGCUUUGAUGCAAUGCUCAUCUUGGCCCUCGAUGUCAUCAGCGACCUCCAGGAUGAGUCAGACCCAAGCCAUGAAUCUGAAAUCCUCAGUGACUUGGCCAGAGCCACUCGUGCUCCUCUAAUCCAGAUCCUCGAAGAAAUAUACGUGCAGCUUCGUUGUCUCAUUGUACGAGGCAAUAUGAGCCUCAAGAGACUUCUAUUCUCAAAUGCUCACUUGGCCCAUAUUCGAGCACUAGAAGCGGGUCGACCAGUAAAGGCAGCUGUACACGAAACUAUCACAUCGACGUUACGUGAUUGCGUUGAGAUGCUGCGUGAAGUGCAAGCCGCCACAACACCGCAUGAGUCGACAGUAACUUCGGAGAGUAUGAGUACCGACUUUCUCGGUACAGAUUUGUUUUCAAAUAACAACCUCAUGGAGUGGGAUAUAUCGGACCUUCUAGGGUUUCCUGCUGCAGGUCGAGAUGGCCAGUCUCAAUGGCCGGUUAUCAACUGA